UAGUUGUCUCCUCGCGUUUUGCCCUUGCUCGCUUUUCCCCCUCGCUCGCGCUCGCCGUCGGCCGCAAUCUCGCCGUCAGCGGUGGUCGCGUCGUGCCCCCUUCGGUGGUCGCACCGUUUCGCCUCUGUUCGUGUGAUCUGUUUCGCACUCAUCUGCGUGGGCCUCUGUUUCACUCAUCUGUUGACAUCCCUUUGUUCGUGUCCUUCGUGUGGUAUAAUUCUAAGGUGAUAGUGGAGAGUGAUGGACGGAACUUCGUCUUCUCGAAUUAAUGUUCCACUUGAUAUUCCACUAAGUCUUAAUGUCCUUGUCAUUGAUACUGACCCCGAAGCUCUUGAGUUCAUCAAGAAAUCAUGCAAAGAGAAUGAUCGAUGCAAAGAGAUUCCUCAUCAAGCUAUAAUAUGUUCUGAAUCUUCAAUGGCUGUGGAUGUUUUGGAGAAUAGUGUAUUAGACAUUGAUUUGAUCGUCAUGGAGCUUCAUAUGCCAAAGAUGAAUGGCUAUGAAUUCCUGCAAUAUCUCCAUGAAAAUGGAUUUGAUAUUCCUUUUGUCAUGAUGUUAUCUAAGUCUGAUGGUUUUCCUUGGUCUUCCUUGGAAAAGGCUGUCAAACUUGGGGCUAUCGAUUAUUUUUUUAAACCCUUCAGUGGUCCUCGUCUGCUAGAUUUGUGGUCACCUUUCUUAAAGCAUUAUAUGGCCAGGCGUAAAGAGGCCAAAGCCGAUGAUACCCUCCACGAGAAAGAUGAUACCCUCCACGAGAAAGAUGAUACCGAUGACACCCUCCACGAGAAAGAUGAUACACCCUAGUAUGAUCAGCAGACUACUGCAAAAUCCAUAGUUGCAGCUACUAAAUAAAGAGACUGAGAAGAAUAUAAAAUUACUUUUACUAUUAAAAUAGUUAAUUUCCUUCAUUAAUUCAUUGCAAUCUUUAGUGUGAA